AUGACCCCUGCGCUCCUUACCUUUGCAAUUGACCUCGUUGAGUCUAACAUGAGCGAGCUGUACAUCAAAUCCAAGGAUGGCUGGUGCAGAGAGGACAAGGAAGACGAGAUGCAGGAUGUCACGUCGCGGUAUCUGAUCGCGUUCCAUAACGACAAGCCAGUCGGCAUGGUUCACUUUCAGUUUGUCGAUGAGGAGACAAUGACCGAUCACGACGCCGAGGUCGCUUACUGCUUUGAGAUCCAGGUUAUGCCUGAAUAUCAGCGGCGAGGCAUCGGCGCGUAUCUUAUUAGUCUGCUAGAGACCAUUGGAAAGGCGACCCAGAUGGAGAAGGUUAUGCUGACGGUGUUCAAAGCUUCCAGGUUUGACUACGAGAUCCUCAGCAAGCCAUUGCAACCCAUCAUCAGGCCUUAG